AACAGGGCGGUACAUGAUUGGGCUGUGAGAAAGUAAGGGACCCUCAUCUGUCUUUACUUUUUCUUUUUUCUUUUUAAGGGUGUUAACUACGCUUUGAUUCAUACUUGGUUCUCUACGACGUUUCGGAACACAUGAGCAGUAGUCCACUGUCUGUGCGGACUGCGGGGGAGAAUUCAACCCUACAGGGAGGAAGCAAUCAUCCAUCGGCUGCGCAGCGCAGGCUAGCAGCGGUGCGAGUCGCGGCGGCAUCCCAAAGCAGGAGGAGGCGGAGAGUCCCUUGCCUGUGAAUCAUGGGUUUCCGCAAGAAGAACAAGAGCCCACCUGUGCUCAGCCAUGAGUUUGUGAUUCAGAACCACGCCGACAUGGUGUCUUGCCUGGCCAUGAUCAUCCUGCUAGGCCUGAUGUUUGAGGUCACAGCAAAAUUUUCCAUCAUGUUCAUCACAGUCCAGUACAACGUCACACAAGUUCUUGAUGAAAAGAACGAUCCAGUGAACCUUUACCAUUACGGUCCCAAAGAUGUGGCCACUGUGUUUUUCUACCUUCUAAUUGUUGUCAUCCUUCAUGCCCUGAUACAAGAGUAUAUUCUUGAUAAAAUGAACAGACGGUUACAUCUAUCAAAAACCAAACACAGCAAGUUCAAUGAAUCAGGGCAAUUGGCAGCAUUUUACCUGUUCUCCUUCAUUUGGGGCUGCAGCAUCUUGACAGCGGAGGACUUUGCGAAAAAUCCCACUUUCCUAUGGGAGGGUUACCCACACACUCACAUGGUAUUUCAGGUCAAGUUUUUCUACAUUUGCCAAAUUGCCUAUUGGCUCCAUGCACUUCCUGAGCUGUACUUUCAAAAAGUACGCAAGGAGGACAUCCCCCGCCAACUCUAUUACAUUUGCCUUUAUGUCGUUCACAUCACUGGUGCCUACAUCUUAAACCUUCACCGACUCGGUGUUGUGUUGCUGGUCCCUCACUACUUGGUGGAGCUCCUGUUCCACGCCUCACGUCUCUUCUACUUCAGUGAUGAGAACAAGCAGAAGGGUUUCACUCUGUGGGCUUUGCUAUUUGUCAUCGCACGCCUCCUCACUCUCACUCUGUCAGUCCUGACAUUUGGCUUUGGGUUGCCCCGGACAGAAAACCAAGGCUUUUCCCUUGCGGAAGGCAACUUUAAUGUGCUCACCAUAAGGAUGGCAUGUUUGGCAGCCAUCUGCCUGACUCAAGCUUGGAUGAUGUGGAAGUUCAUCAAUUUCCAGUUGAAGAAAUGGAGGGAACACAGCCAGAACCAAGCAUCGAAGAAGAAGACAGCCAGCCCAAAGAGCAAACCUCACAAAAGGGAGCUCACGAGGGGAGCUGCCAAUGGAAUCGUGAAGCCUGACGAUAAAGCCUCACCUCGGGCGAGAAGAGUUAAAAACUCAUAAAGAUGGCGCGAUUGACAAACAGCUGGAACGGUGACAUACUCCUUUCUUGCACAGGACUAGAAAUGAUGGUUUUGUCAGAAAAAAAAACCAUAUAAUAGUGGUGUUGUUUAGGUAGCCUACUAUGUCAAAAUUGUGACCUAAUUAUCAUUUAUUGCUAUUAUGGAUGAUCAGUGCCUUUGAAAUCCAACACUGGAUUGAGGCACUUUUUUCUUGUUUUAUUUAUAAACUCCAAACCCAAUGAAGUUGGAACAUGUAAAAUGUAAAUAAAUACAAUUAUUUGUCAAUCUUUUCUAACCUACAGUACUCUUGAAUUGAAUACAUUACAAAAACAAAAUAUUUAAUGUUCAAACUGAUAAACAUUAUUAUUAUACACAUUCAUACAGUAUGCAUUAUUAUAAUUAUAAAUCCACUUUGUGGACAACUGCAUGAGCAAAUAGUCCAACAAAUCAACUAAUCUACUUUCCAUAACAUCAGCAAACUAUUCAGACAAAUUUUAUUUUACUUUUACAUGACAUACCAACUUCAUUGGAAUUGCAGUUUGUUCCUCACUAGCCUGGUUCUCAACUUCUCCUUGCUUUCAGGGGGCCCGUCCACGUCUGGAAGUUAUACUGAGGCUUCACUGUAUGCAUACAGUUAAAUCAACUAAAUAACUAUCAGCAUGAGUCGACAUUUGAGCAAGAAAUUAGUGUAUUUCGACGUCAAUGCAUGGUGGUUUGAACCUACUAUGGCUAACUCCUACCUGUGUUGUUUUCUCGCGCGCUCUCUCUCUCUCUCCUUCUCCCUCUCUAUCUCUCACACACAGAGAAGCAUUCAGUGGCCUUUGUACAACUGCUGCAAGAGGGUUAUUUAUUUUAUCAUAGACUAUUGAUGGUUAUUAUAACCAGUGGUACAUAGCAAAUGUACUCAGUUAACCUAAACAAUACAAUCCUUCAAGUGUCCUUAUAUCAUGUCAGUGUGUCGUAUCACUUGUUCUGCUUGUGUUUGCCUUCUCAUUUUUGUCAUUUCACAUUCAAGGGAAUCAAGGCAUUAACAGUUCCCCCCGCAUAAGAAAAGAGAAGUGUGUCAGUGUGUGUUCUGCCUAUUGUACGUGUAUUAAGUUAACUUGGCCUGAAUUUUGAUGAUGACAAAUGUGCUUGUCUGUUAGUUGUGUGUUAAAGAAAAAAAAAAAAAUGACAGCCUGCGUUUAGCGCAUGAAUUGUAAGGAUCUGUUAAUUGAAUUCUGCCUCCUCUGAUCCCUGGCGAACUGUAAAACAUGCCCGUGACACAUUUCUGUGUGUAACGGGCAAAAGUUGCAAAAAUUCCAGUUGCUAAAUGUUUGUUUGCUUGCACAGACCUCAGCGACCUUCCCUUUUGAGUGCCUGUGGUUGUGUUUCAGUUGCUUCACUGGGAGUCACACAAAUGGUCCUGUUGGACCUUGCCGUGUGAAGAGAAGGCAUUCCAAAUUUAUUUGUAGUCUCGGUGUCGAAACAAAACAGGCAAGAAGUGAAAAUCCCAAUCCCGUUUGCUCCUUUUGUUCAAUUUAUUGGGAAUUGGGCAGCAAGGGUUAGUUUGAGCAUGUCUCACAAUGAAAGGAGGAGCAGAGGACUGUUGAAAAUAUAAAAGGAACCCUACACUGUAAUAACUAAUAAGUGUCAGAUUUUAAAGCUAUUUUUAUAUUGAGAGCAUCUCUUAGACUCUAUUGUUAUUCUAAACAGUGUGAAUAUGUUUUGCAUUCAAAUUGUUUUAUCCAGGAAUGAAGCUUGCUGUGGUUGUAUACUAUAUUGUUUUGUGGGUGUAUAUUUAAUUUAAAGACCUUAUUUGAUUUGAAUUUUGACCCAAUUCAGCAACUAUAAUGGAAUAAAUUACAUAACCAAACAUUUAUGGAAGAAGUGGACAAAGUUUGGUGCUCAAGGGCUACGUUGGAUUUUUAAAUGAGACAUAUAGGCCAGGUCAUUGGUGAGGCAAAACUGAUUACAUUUUAUUUUCAAUUGUUAUUUAAAAUUUAUAAAACGGUU